AAGACUGAAUAAGCCAGCGGCCUGAGGGUUAGAAACACUCUGAAACAGGCAGAGAACCUAGGGAGGGGCAGGUGACAAGCGGUAAAAGUCUCUGUGAAAAGACUCCCUUACUGCCCAGUGGUCAACGGUCAACGGUCAAUUAGAAUGCCUAAUGAAUGAUUUUAUAGGCUUUUAUGACACUGGACAAUGGGAAAGGGCAACGUACUAUGUAGUUGCCGCAGUUAAAAAUCGAUGAGAUAGUGUCAACAUCCGGUGGUGUGAGCUCCUCAAGUUCUCAUAGUAAUGUAACAGUAGUCAUCCUAGAGAAGUGUAAUUUUUGUGUUGUGAUCUUGUUUCCGUCAACUCCUGAGGCGAGAGAUCUGUUAAAGUAAUGGGAAUGACGUCCCAGUGUCCUCCUCUCGUUGCCGGAGACGUCAGACCAGCAGCCGCUCACACCCGCCACAGUGAGCCACUCGUCGAAUGAACAGUUUCCGGGUGUGUAAGAGAUGCCGUUGUCUGCGGGGGGCCAGCGAUAGUUGUUGUUCCCAGCACAGUAGCACCACAGCCACCACCACCACCACAACCACCACAACCACCGCCACAACAACAACAACAACAACAAAAUCACGUGUCACGUCCAACUGUGGCAGCCGUGGAGAGCACGUCGAGGGGACUAGAGCAACCCAUGUCCUUGACCCUCACCCUGACCCCGACCUUAACCUUGGCCGCCCUUCUGUUAUAACGAAGAAGAAAAACGACGCGGGGAGAAUUUCUAGAAGUAACAACAUCACCGUCGUUAUGUCGGAAUCGAGAGGUCGUCCCGUGCACCACCACAAGCGGCCGGAUCGGCUAGGAGGAGGCGGCAAGACUAGGAGGGAGGCGAAAGGAGGGGACAACAAUGAGAGGUCCUCGGCUACCGCUGCUGCUGCUGCUGCUCUCGUUGUUCCUGGUGGGGCGAAGGAAGCGGCCUGCAACUCGGCGGAGGAGCGAGAGCUGAGCGACACGGUGUUUCAGUCCCCCUUGUCUUCCUCCACCCCGGCUGGCCGCGCGGAGGUCACCACCAAGUAUGGCCGCGCCUACUCUCAGCCCGAGGACCCCGGCCAGCUGCGCUUGGAGAAGAUGAGGCUGGAGAUGGGGGGAGAGAGCGAGGAGUCGCACGAUGUGGGGGGAGGGGGGAUGAUUCGGAGACACACGCACACUACUGGGACCAAGAG